AUGAGCCGACUUUUGGGUGCCAGCGAGCGGCUAGGGUUUCAGCUGAGCAACGGCUGUUUCGUCUGGUGGGAAGUAUCCUACAUCGUGCGGCGGUGGCAGAGGGAGGAUCUUCUCCAGAGGAGCUCCUUGGCUCUGCGCUGCAGCGGCAUGGUUUUCUCGCUGCUUGCUUUCGUUAUAAUGGUCGGCAACAAGCGAGAUUGGAGAGAUUUCGAUAAAUAUGAAGAAUACAUGUAUGUGGUUGUGACAAAAAAUUUGUACACCGAAUUUCAAGCUUUCUGGCAGGUUUACCAACUUUCGACCGGUAGAGAGAGUCAACAACAUUGGCAUAUUCACGAUGACACCCCUUUUCUGCCAUUUCCGUCGGAGCUCAAUAGCUGGCACGCCCAGGGGUACGACGACUACCUGGUCACCGAGAAGCCGCACUUCUUCUUUGGAUUGUUUGAGUCUAGCUGCGGCCUCUGGUCGUCGCCUGCAUGUAUGGAAUUUCUGUCGGGAAAUUUUGGCUGGGCACCGCCUAUUUGUUGUAUGGGGCUUCAAUUCUGA